GCUAUCGGCCAGGGGGAGGUUUUGGGGGCUAUUUCGUGUCCAGCCAGUGCUGAGCAGCAUUCAGUCUAGCAUGAGACAGCCAAGGGUGAGCACCCAAGUUUUCACACAAUAAAGGUGCUGAAGGGGACCAAGCACUCCGGGGAUACCACCAACCCAGAGGGAGAGAAGUGCGCCACCAUGUUCAAGACCAGCUACCUGCGCGAGGUGCGCAAGGAAAAGUAUGAGCGUUCAGAUGUCUUCGAUGAGGAGGCUGAGGACUCGUUCGCAGGCAUCUCGGCCAUCCAGGGAUGGGAGAGCCUUCAGGAGCUCAACAGCCGCUUUGCCCGGUACAUCAACAGGGCUCGAGUCCUGGAGCAGCGCAACGCCGUGUUCCGCAAGCAGCUGGAGACACUGCAACGGAUGGAGGAGGCCAGUGGUCUGGAGGAGGCCUUCACAGAGCAGAUCGAAGUCAACAGGCAGCGCAUUAGAGAGCUGUUCUCUGACCAUGCCAAGCUGGAGCGAGAGCUGAAGGAGGCUUGCCGCAUGCUGGAUGAAUACACCAGCAAAUAUAGGAAUGAAUGUGAUUAUCAAGAACAGCUACGAGGCACGCUCGAACAGUUAAACAAGGAGGCUGACAGCGCUCUGCUGAAAAACCUGGAGAACCAGAUCCAGUCUCAGUUCCUGCAGGACGACAUCAAUUCCACCAGAGACAGACACAAGAAGAACCUCGCGGAGAUCCAAACCUAUGUAAACAUUCUGCAGCAAAUCAACCAGACACUUCCCCUUGUUCCCAAUGUGUCAGUGGGCAUCUCCGAGGAGCAGGAGAAGCUGCUGGCCCAGAGGAAAGUACCAGGACUACAGAGUCAGCUGGAGGAGUAUAAGAGCGCCCUCUGUCAGCUGCAGGCCCAGAAACAACGCCUACAGGCUGAGACUACAAUGUUGGAGCAAGCCAUCAAAAGCACACAGGAGAGUUUUGACGACGAGAUCCAGAUGCACAACGAGCAAAUCGAAUCUCUGCGAAAGGAGAUUGAGGAAGCUGAAAGGUCCCUGGAGAAGUUCACCAGUGAAUGUCGCCACCUGGCCAUGUACCAGACGUCUCUUGAGAACGAGCUGGAGAGGUACAAGAGGAUCAUCGAGAAUGAAGAUAACAGGUUGAAUUCAGCGAUAAUUGGCACUCCCAUUACCCUGUUUACCACUAAUUAUCGCUACACUCACACACCCACUACAUCAAGCAGAGGGAGAGAUAUCACCCAGGCUAUCCAAGAUAUCACCAGCAUCAAGCCCAGACAGAAGAUACUGGCCAAGAAGGUCCUGAAGAAGAAGGAGCUGACCCCGAAGGAUGUGAUGGACAAUGGCCAGGAGGACAGAAAUGGCGGAGCCAGUGGAGAGGCUCCAGAUGAAGAAACUAAGGUGCCAUCUGAGGAGGUGCAGGAGGAGAGGGUGAAGAGAACGGAGCAGAGACCUGUUCUCACUGGAGUUUCUCCACAGGAUGUCCCCGAUGGCGCUCAGAUCAGCAAAGCCUUUGACACUCUUUGUAACAUCGUCAGAGACAGAAUGAGGAAGUACAAGAAGCCUGAACCAAUUGCUGAUUUCUACACCAAGGGUCGUUAUGUUCUCGUCACUGGUGACGGCAGCUACCUGGAUCCCUGCUUUUACACAUCUACACCAUCAGCAGGCCACGUCUACGUCACUAUCAGAGAUGGAAUGAUGUCUCCCUAUGAGCCUUACAGGCGUCGCUCACCCUCUCCUCCACCUCCUCAGCCCAUGCCAGACCCCAGGCCUCUCAGUCCCGACCUGCCCUCUAAUGGAGGAGGAGGAAAGGACAACAACAAGGGUGGAAAAGCUAAGGAUAAUGGAGGUAAAGGUAAACAUAAUAACGGAGAGCCUCACCCUCAUCCCAAAGGUCUGAGCCCAGUCCCUCCACCCCUUGGCCCAAGCUCCGGCCCCACCCCAGCACCCAGUCACCCCAAGAAACACAGGGAUGACAAUGGCCCAAGUGGGCCCACUCCAAAGCCUGCACCUCGUGGUGCCAGCACCAGCUCCAGUUCAAGUUCCAGCACCAGUACCAGCACCAGCACCAGCUCUAGCAGCUUCACCCCCGACGCUAUGAGCUACGAGAAGGUGGAGGUGGUGGAGUCUGUGGAGAAGUUCUCCAAUGGCCGCAAGAUCAAAGGUUAUGAGGAGACUUCCAUGGUGGUGGAGACCAUGAUUGAGAAGUCUAGCAAGAAGAAACACUGAGACGAUGCCACCUGACAUGAAAAGUCAUUCAUCUCCACCAGGAUCCUACAUGCUCCAGGUGCUCUACACAAUGCGGAUGCUGGUAUCAGACUAUUUAAAUAGCAUUGUUCCUCAAACUACUGUAUUAACACUAAUGUUUUGGUCUCUUAAUGAGACCAACUAUGCAUUAAGGCGAACUACACAUUCCUGCUCUGAUAACUAUUGCUCUUCCAUUUGCUUGCAGUCUCUGGUCAGGCGUCCAGAAUCUGUUUUGCUGGUUCCAUAAGUGCCGCUGUAGUUGUUCAACUUGCACCCAUACUCAUGCUAUGAGUCCUUUACUGUCUGAAAACUUGGGACAAAAGAAAACAAAGCUCUAUGACACCGAUUAAAAAAAGCAAAAGAAAAAAGAAAAACCUAAGAAGUUGUGCCACCCUUCUGAACUCUGUCUUGAAACUCUAACUUUCCCCUUUGAGCUCAUUUGUUCAAUUGGAUGCCACUGCCUGCCCUCAGCACAAUUUUGCUGUGUAUUAAUUUGCUUUGAUAUAUUGAAUAAUAAAGAGUCAAACAUCAA